AUGUUGACAUUGAACAAUAUUGUAGCAUCCGCGCUCUUAGUUUCAUCAGCCUGGCGAGAUAAUGAGUUCGACUAUGUUAUUGUCGGCGCUGGGACAGCAGGCAAUGUCAUGGCUAACCGCCUAUCUGAAGAUCCAAAUAUUCAAGUGGCUCUAAUUGAAGCCGGCACAACCUACGACAUCACGAAUCCUGUCCUUGGAGCUACUCCAGCAGGGGACGUACUCUUUUGUGGAGCUAGCCCCCUCAGCACAAAUCCCGGUGUAGACUGGAACUUUAUCACAGAACCGCAGACCGGAGCAGGCAAUCGGAGGAUCCAUUACGCCAGAGGGAAAUGUCUCGGUGGCACAUCUGCUCGCAACUUCAUGAUCUACCAGAGAGGAACCAGACAGUCAUACCAGAAAUGGGCUGACGAGGUCGGCGAUGCCAGCUAUACGUUCGACAACUUCUUGCCGUACUUCAAGAAGGGUAUGCAGUUCACUCCGCCAAGCAGUAAGAGAGCACAGAACGCCAGUGCUGAGUAUGUCGCGUCUGCUUUUACACCCGGGGAAGGCCCGCAUCAGGUCUCGUACGCCAACUAUGCUCAGACUUGGUCGAGCUACAUGGAGGGUGGGUUCCAGGAGGUUGGGAUGCCUAUUGCCCAGGAUUUCAACAGUGGCACACUCAGGGGCGGUCAGUACUGCAGCUCGACCAUCAUUCCAACUGAUCAGCAUCGUGGAUCCAGUGACAAAACAUAUCUUGCUGCUGCGAGUGCACGUCCAAAUCUCAAGGUGUUCCAGUUGACUAUGGCGAAGCAAAUUACGUUCAAUGGUAAUAAGAAGGCGACAGGUGUGCUGGUCGAGGCCGCUGGUCUCUUACCAUUUGUCAUUUCUGCUCGCAAGGAGGUCAUUCUUAGUGCUGGAGCCUUCCAUUCACCACAGCUCCUCAUGGUCUCAGGUAUCGGUCCCGCAGCCACUUUGAAGGAAUUCAACAUCCCAGUGCUCGUUAACAACCCUAAUGUCGGCCAGAACAUGUGGGAUCAUGUUUUCGCGGGUCCAUCAUAUCGGGUUGCUCUCGAAACCUUCACACGUCUGGCCAAUGACUUGGUGUAUGUAGGAGAGCAAUUCAUCGCAAAUUAUACACUAGCGCAGGAGGGCCCAUUGACGAACCCAGUGUCUGAUUGGCUUGCGUGGGAACGUGUGCCAGCACGCUUCAAGAACAAGUUUUCGCUGGAAGCAAAAGCCCAGCUUGCAUACUUCCCAGAAGAUUGGCCAGAAAUUGAGUACAUCUCAGGCGCUGGAUACGUAGGAGACUUUGCGGAUCUGUUUACGAGCCAGCCGAAGGAUGGCUACAUGUAUGCCACCAUUUUGUCGACGAUUGUGGCUCCAGUCUCUCGUGGGACGGUCACGAUUGCGUCCGCGGACACAAACGUGCUCCCUGUCAUCAAUCCGAAUUGGCUCGUGGCGAAAGCUGAUCAGGAGGUUGCCGUUGCAGCGUAUAAGCGGGCUCGUGAGGUUUUCAACUCGAAAUUUGUCGGCCAGGUCAGGAUUGGAGACGAGUACUUUCCUGGAAACAGUGUGCAGACCGACGAACAGAUCCUGAAGGUCUACCAAGACACCCUGCUCACAGUCUGGCACGCGGCCUGCACAUGCAAGAUGGGCAGAGUCGGCGACCCCAAAGCUGUUGUAGAUACCAAAGCCCGAGUCUUCGGCGUGCAGGGCUUGCGUGUGGUUGAUGCUUCGGCUUUCGCGGUCUUACCCCCUGGACAUCCUCAGUCCACCAUUUACGCGCUGGCAGAGAAGAUUGCGGCGGGGAUCAAGACCGGCAAUUGA